AUGUCUGUUGAAGAAGUUGCUAAAUGGUUGUGCAAAAAUGGCUUCGCUGAGUUUUCAACAACUUUCAAAGAAAACAAGGUUGAUGGAGAAGCUCUCAGUUAUAUGACUGAACGAGGAUUAGAAUCUCUAAUACCACAAGUUGGCUGCAGAAUGAGGUUUUUGAAGCUUCUGGAUAAGUUUAAAAAAGGAGAAUUAAAUGUAACCAUGGAUGCCAAUGAGACACAGGGUGAGAUGUCAGAGUCAGAAGAGCUAGAAGUUAGAGAAAAUAGCUCUCAAAGGAAAAACCAUGCAGAGAAUGGAGAGUGUAAUUCAACUAGUGGUGCUAAUGAGACACCUGCUGAGAUGGCAGAGCCAGAAGAGCUUGUAGAAGUUGGAGAAAAAACCCCUCAAAGUAAAAAGACCCAAUCUGGUGCACUCCCAGUGUCCCCUGAUGCCACAGUUGUGCUUAAUGCCAGAUUGCCAUGGCCUGCAGUUUUACAACUGCCUACAAAUUACAGACCCGAAGUCGCUAAAGUUCUGUUAUCAUCAGAUAGGACUUUAGUGACAAAAAAAUUCAGGAGGUCCUUUAUCACCAGCCUCUUCGACCACUUUUCCAGAUACACUUUAUACCCAUCCAAACACCAGUUAACAGAGAUUUCUGAACUUGUCAUCAGAAAGUAUCCUAUGUUAAAGGACCAAGCUAUUGGUACUGGAUAUGUAAGCAUUUUUAACAUAUCUAUCUACGAAGCAUCUUAA